AUGAUUGGAGAAUGCUGCCGUUUGGUUGAAGACUGCCUGCAGUGGUAUCCAGAUGAGCGUAUCGAUCUGGAAAGGAUCCGUUACCACGGGUGGUUUCAGGUACUGAGCGUUGUUGGUUUAUUGCGAAAUCUGGAAGUUGGCAAGUCGGUAUAUGUCAAUAUCAUAUAUUUACUGUACACAAUACACCACUUAUAUUAUUGUUCGUUUCAGGACAAACAUCCUGAAGAUGACCUCCAGACUCCCGUCCGCUCUGGGAGCGAUGAUGUCAUUCCGUAUGCAGAUGAUGCUGGGUCUGACAUUUUAAUUCUUCACACUUCAAACGGUCAGUCUGAAGAGAAGCUGGUGGACAAUGAGAAUCCCGGUGUGAUCAUUCAGGAAAUCAAUUGCUGCCAGUAUGAGAUCGGCAGAGAGCUGGGCCAAGGCGGUUUUGGAACCGUCUAUGAGGGAACCCGUGUGCGGGAUGGCGUGAAGGUGGCAGUGAAAGUUGUCAGGAAGAACGAGCAUGUAAUGAAGGAUUACAUGGACAUCCCGGGUCAUCCAGAGCCUCUUCCACGUGAUGUGGCUCUUUAUAUGCUUGCCUGUAAGGGAAAAAUCAUUCCUGAGGUUGUCCAGCUCUUGGACUGGCAGGUGUAUCCGGACCACUACGUCAUGGUCCUGGAGCGCCCCUCUCCUUGCGUGGAUGUACGUGAUUUUGCUACGAGCAACGGGGGAAAACUCACCCAGGAGUUAGCCAAAGACAUCAUGUGUCAGGCGACCACAGCUGCCUACAAGUGCUGCCGACGGGGGGUUUUCCACCGUGAUAUCAAAAUGGAGAACCUCCUCAUAACAACAGACACCCUAUACAUCAAACUUAUCGAAUUUGGGUGCGGCGAUCUCCUUACAAGGUCAUCUUACAAGACGUUUAUUGGCACAAGGAUCUACAUGUGCCCUGAAUACUUUGAAUGGGACGAGUGCUAUGGAAAGCUGGCGACGGUGUACUCGCUGGGCGUGCUGCUAUUCGCCAUGGUGUGCGGGAAAUUUCCCACCCAUUUUGACCUGCACCCGAUCAACGAGAAGUCAUGGAGUAAAGACUGCUUGACAGAAGAAUGCUGUGAUUUGAUUGAAGCCUGUCUGCAAGAGGAUCCAGAUGAUCGUAUUGAUCUGGAUGAGAUCCUUGAACACAAGUGGUUUCAGCCGGUGCCUGGAAAUGUCUACGAGGCAAACUGUGCCGUUUGUCGGAGAUGUUUUAAACUCUGUAUGAGCAUCGAGGUGGUGGAAUCACACAGGCACAGAGGAAAGCAAUGA